AUGGAGGAUUGGAGGAAAACAAAUGAAAGACCUGGGGAUUGUUCGGGUUUUGUUCAAGCUCAGAAUCGGCGCUUGGCCUUCACAGAAUCGUUGCAUGAUUUCUACAAAAAAUAUAAAACUUCCAUGUCAAGCGUCAAAGAGGAGUCAAAGCCGGUUGUCAGCAAAGCCGGCAAGAAGAGAGUACAUCGGCGACAACGAGCGAAAGAACAAGGAACGGCGGACAGCGAUAGAAGCAACGAUGAAGAUGAGUCUGCGCGAGAGACUGCUGCCGGAAAGAAGCGACGUCAAAAUCCAAUGUUACAAACGCUUAAAUUUGCUCGAUUGAGGAAUGUCGCCCGCCGAGUGAUAAAGAAGCUCCUCAAUAAGCAAAAAGACUUCCCCCCGGUUUUUCCUCCAGCUAAAAGAUGCAAAAUGGCGAUGGCUACUGCU